AUGCAAGGCCCUCGCGGUUUGCGAAUCUAUACAGUAGUUUGCUUGCCCUGGACUCUACACAAGGUGGAGCUCGCAGUGCAGGGCCUUCUGCAUAUCUUCUGCGAACAAGGGGAGCACGGGAAGCGGGGGGCCUGGAGAGGAUCUCCAACGAGGCAAAUAUUUGGUCAUGUAUGCUACUAUUCCUUUGCGUCUAUUUUCAACUACGUCAGUUUCUAA